CAGAAUCAGUCCCGCCCAGUUCCCGCCUCCGCCCGGCCCCAGCCAAUGUUUUUUCCGCCGCGCAAGAGCUGGGCGCGGGCAGUGGGGUGCGGGCAGGGGAAGGCGCUGGCUGGGACCGGAAGAGACUAAUGAAGCAGAAGUCAACUGAAUCUCCUAUGUAAUACUGAAACACGAUGACAUUGGUGCCUGUGGGAUAUGGAAAUCAUUGACAGUAUCUAACAUGGUUGAGAAAGACAUGAGUGGACAAUGUGGCCCAGUUUCUGUAGACUACAGGUUUUCUGCAUGAUCCUGACAGUGUUGGCUUUUCUGCUGUUGGGCUACAACUUCCGUCAGUUAGAGCACUUGGAUCACAACACUGUCUCGGCGUUAAAUUGGAUAAAGGAGACCAGUGACCAGCAGUCUUCAUCGCCAACAACUAAAACUACCCGAAAGCUGUACUGUAAUUAUGAACAUCAAACUUUGUCCAAAAGAGAACAAGCUGAGGAGGAAUCCUUGUUUGCUGCUAUACAGUGGCCAAAUCCCCCUGUAGGCAAAAUCCCAUUUAUAAGAAGCACUGAUCCUGCCCACAGCAAUUUUGUGAUUGUGAAUUCCCAUGUGCGCUUCAAGGUGGGAGAUCAGUUAGAGGUGCGUGUCCACAUGAAGGAUUUUCAAGGCAAACCAAAACAGUAUGGCGGAGACUACAUACAGGCGAGAAUUCACUCUCCUCUACUGAAAGCUGGAGCAAUGGGAAGGGUUGUAGAUGAUCAGAAUGGGUUUUACAAAGUCUUUUUCACUCUACUUUGGCCAGGGGAGGUCAGAGUAUCUGUGUCUCUGGUCCACCCUAGUGAAGGGAUACAAGUCCUGAAGCGCUUACGGGAAGAAAAGCCAGAUAGAGUCUACUUUAAAAGCUUAUUCAGGUCUGGUAGCACUUCAGAAACCACUGUAUGCAAUGUGUGUUUGCCUGGAGAUCUGCCUGUCUGUAACUUCACAGACCUCUACACUGGUGAGCCAUGGUUCUGCUACAAACCGAGAAAACUGUCCUGUGCCAACAGAAUCAACCAUGCCAAGGGAGGAUAUCAAAAGGGCCUUCUGACACCUUCUGAGAAUCUCUUUUUCCAAACUGAUGUGAAUAUCAAAGUGCCAGUACUUCCCAGUGGCCCUGAUUCAGUGACUGUAGAACCCUUAGGACUUACAGAAUCAGCCAAUCUGGACAGAUCUCAGGGCCCAGCUGUUUUCCCUUUGGGUUACUAUUACCAAGACGAGUGGAGGCCAAGAACACAUUGGAUCCAUCAUUUUAACAAGACAGCUGAUAUUAGUAAAUGCUUACAAGGAAAAGUAGUCCACUUCUUUGGCGAUUCUACAGUAAGACAGUGGUUUGAAUAUCUGACCACAUUUGUUCCAGAUCUAGUGGAAUUUAACCUUGGGAGUCCUAAAAACUUAGGUCCUUUUAUGUCCGUGGACCUGAAGCACAAUGUCCUGCUGAAGUUCCGCUGUCAUGGGCCACCCAUUCGCUUUACCACUGUCUUCAGUAGCGAGCUACGCUACAUUGCCAAUGAGCUGAAUGGCAUUGUAGGCGGAAGAAACACUGUGAUAGCCAUAUCCAUAUGGUCCCACUUCAGCACCUUCCCUGUGGAGGUGUACAUCCGAAGACUGAGGAACAUUCGUAGGUCCAUCAUUCUACUGCUGGAUCGCAGCCCCAAAACUGUGGUGGUCAUCAGAACAGCCAAUGUUCAGGAGCUUGGGCCAGAAGUGAGUCUCUUCAACAGUGACUGGUAUUCCUUUCAGCUUGACACAAUCAUGAGGAAGAUGUUCUCAGGAAUUGCUGUGUUCUUUGUGGACGCCUGGGAGAUGUCUCUGGCCCAUUACUUGCCACACAAAUUGCAUCCACAGGACAUCAUUAUUAAGAAUCAAAUAGAUGCAUUCCUGUCUUUCGUUUGUCCUUCAGAAACUUAGCACCAUCGGUGGAGAGUAGCCCCAUGACCACUUUUAUAUCUUCCUGUAGGGAUGGUUCCUCUUGACCUUGUAAUUUGUCUCAGAUUACUAGGGUGCUCCUUAAAUCAAAACUACAAGACUCACUACAGAAGUACUUAAAUUAUUAGCUUUAUUAAUUGUCUGUCUGCACUGCAUGAAUAUUCAUACAGCACCAAUUCAGUUCCCAAAGUCCUUACUCACCAUCCAGAGUACUGUGUGAAACCUGGGAAGGAUUGUUUGGGAACAGCCUUUCUUUGGUUGUUCCAAAGUUGUAUUGGGUAUCUAGAACAACCAAAUAUGUUACAUAUUGUGCUUCUGUGAUUGAAGUAAUCUGGGGAUACCUCUUCCAAAGUCCUAAUCAGGAGUCUAAAGGGGAUGUCCUAAAACCACUGGAUCAGUCCAGGAAGCACAACGUAAAAAGCCUGCAGAAUUAUCAGAAUAUUUAUUGGAUGUGUCGGCAUUGAUACAGCAUAUUAAUCAACCAUCCACAAUGUUUACAGAAUGGCUUCUAAAUAAUACAAAUAGCCAGCACCAGUAGUAGGUAGUUUCUUCAGCAGCAACAACAACACUGCAAUAACUCAUUGGAAGUUUGAUAUUAAAAUGUUUGUUUUCCCCUCCUGUCGUGUGCUCACUCUGUUUUACUAUUUCAUAGCUUCUUAUGAGACCUGGGCUUCUGUUUUAUAUUAAUGAAUAUAUUUGUUUUGAGGGGGAGGAACACAAAGAAUUACAUGGACUUCACAAACAGAUAAGGUGGGGGAGAGAGUCAAAUUUUGAGCCUACAACUCUUGACAGUGUCACUAUAAAUUCUUGCUCUGACCGAUCUUUGUUCUUCCACUUUUAUGUUGGGCAUUCUUUGCACCAUUUUCGUAGCUGCCAAAUCUGCCAGUUAUAUGGGGUACAAAAUACCUUCAGUGUUGCCCUGUGUACAGAUACUUGGUAAAUCUCUCCUGAACUUCCAGUGUUACAGCUGACAAUUUAUUGCUGAGUGGCACUUUUAGAGAAGGGGUUAAUAGAUUUGCACAUUGUGCUUCCUGUUUUGAUUGGACCUGGUUACAGUGUAAGUCCCACUUUGAUUUAUUGGCUUGAUAAAGUUCAAUUUCCAGAUUAAGCACUAGCGAUGAGAUCUUCAGAACUCUGCUCCCAUUGAAACCAAUGGAAAUUCUACCAUUGACUUCAGUGGGAACAGAGCAUUGCCAUCUUUCUCUUUUUGUAGCCCUUCUCUGCCACAGUCUUGCUCCCCUAUUGCUGUGCAUCAGCAGGUGUGAGCAGAGUCCCAAGUUGCAUGUCCCCAUCAGUGCAUGUGCAACAUGUCUGUAAUGAGAGCAUGCCCAUGAAUAUACUGGAAUGAGUCACACACGCAGCUGUGUUCUACUUGCUCCUCAUCACAAACCAUAGCAAGGUAGGAGAAGAUUCAGCUUUAGAGUUUGAGAUGUGAAACUAGCUUGGCACUCAUUGGCCUCUAAACCCCUAAAUCAGAUUAAAUUCACCUGGCUGCCAGCAUCAGAUUUACAGCAGCAUGGCAAGAUAGGAAGCUAUGCUAGCAGUGCUGUGGGAACCACUCUGGCAGAGGUUGUGUGUUAUCUGUGAUCUGUAGGGAUUUUGUUGCCUUUAUUUAUGGUAGUACAAUGUUGUCAAGGCUGAAUCCAACUGUCUCCGAGGAUGCCAGUCCUCCUUGUGCCCACCAGAAAGAGUCUCCUUGAAUAAGAGACCUCCUUCUAUAACAAAUCUGGACCUGUUAGAAGAGCUGAGAGGCGGUGGUUGCUCCGUGCCGCUGUCUCAUCCACUUCCUUCUCUGCCUGGAACUGUUCCCUUGAUGCUGGAGACAUUAGUUCCUCGCUGGGUUGUGGACCUGGGCUUGGUCCCACUGGAAGCGAUGCAGGUGAUGGGGUUGUCUCCGUCAAUUGUGAACUGCUCUCUGCUGGUGCACUAGGUUGUAUUUCAGGCUCCGGUUGAGCCUCUUGCGCCGGUUUAGCUGCUGCUGCAGGUGCAGGCUCUGUGACGCCCUUUGGUGCUGGCUCCCCUGACCCUGGUGAGGUUGCAAGCACGGGCUUUGGUGCUGACUGCUCUACCAGUUCCGAUCCUUGGGCUUGUUCUGGCAGAGUUCCAGGAACUGGAUCUACAACUGCUGCCGUAGACUCUGGUUUGGGGUCUGGUUCCACCACCUCUGGCUGGGUUCCUGUAGGAGGCUCAGGAAUGGAGUUAGGUGUGGAGGCCUGUGUAGCCUGGCUGCAGGUGACCAUUCCCACCCUUUUUGUUAGCCUCACAUGGUUGGCUAAGUCUUCUCCCAGCAGCAUGGGAAUGGGAUAAUCGUCAUAGACUGAAAAAGUCCAUAUCCCUGACCAGCCCUUCUACUGGACAGGCAACUUGGCUGUAGGCAAGUUAAGAGUUGGCCUUAAAGGGUUGCACCAUCACUUGGGCCUCUGAGUCGAUGAAUUUGGGGUCCCCCAGGGAUUGGUGGAUAGCUGAUACCUGUGCUCCAGUGUCUCUCCACGCAGUAAUCUUCCUCCCUCCCACACUCAAUUUCCCUUCACUCUGGGGGCAUUUGCGAGGCAUCUGGGCCUGAAGGCUCUCGGUGGGACUCUGGGGUGAUGAGUUGUAGUCAGCUGGUACUCUUGGGGAGUUGACCUUCACAUGCCCCAGCUCAUUACAUUUAAAGCAUCGCCCAGCUGACUGUGGACUGGGGUGAGGUGGGUGGUUGGAGAGUAGGGUGGUGGGACGAGAGGGUAUCUGGGGUCUCCCUGGCUGUGUGGAAGACUCCUCCUUGGGAGGUGGGGCUUUGGGUUGACCCCGAUGGUGGGGUGCUGUCUCGGGUUGCCUCUUCUGGUAUCCACUCCAACUGCUACUAGCUUUCUUCUUCUCCUCCACCUCCACCCAUUUGUUUCUGAUCUCCCCCACCUCAAUUAUAGUUUUGGGCUUUCCUCAGGAAUACCCUCUAAGAACUGCUCCAUUUGCAUUAGGAGAGACAGAUUUUCCAGAGAUUUAACACUUGCUUCUGAUAUCCAGGCAUCCCAAUUUUUUACAGUGUGGUAGGCGUGUUGGGAAAAUGCCAUGUCUGGUUUCCACCUUAGGGCUCUAAACUGCCGAUGGGCAUGCUCGGGUGUUAGCCCCAUUCUAAUUCUGGCCUUUUGUUUAGGCAUUUCAGCUGCCACCUCUGCUAAAGGUCCACUCAGUUGCGGCCUCAACUCCACCACAUACUGCUCUGUAGGGGUGUUGUACCCAAGGCAGGCCCUUUCAGAAUUUUCUAAGAAGGCCUCUGUAUCAUUGCCUACCUUGUAUGUGGGGAAUUUCUUGGAAUGGGGAGCAGUACCUGGAGAAGGACUGUUAGGGUUAUCUGGUUGAUCCAGCUUAGCCUUUUCCAGCUCUUAAGUGCUUCAGCUCCAUUUCCAAGCACUUCACUUCUCUCCUCUACUCUGCUUCCAUGCACAAACCUCUUAGGACACCAAAAAUCCAAUACUGUUCUUAAAAAUGGUAAAUUUUAUUAAAAACAAAAAGGAAGAAAAUACAUCUGGAACUUAACUUUUUCCUAGAUUUUAAAAGAG